AUGCAAACAACCUUGCGCACGACCACACGACCGAGCGUACCGCAUAGGCACGGUGCAACACCCGGACCUGGGGACAGAGCUCGGCUUCCAUCACACAGCACAGCACAUCCCUACAACUCAACUCUCAUCGACUCCCGUCUCCUCCUACGCUCUACAGCACUACUCGGCUCCAGUCCCUUGGGCGGGUGCCAUCGCAGACCCGCUGUCGCCGCCGCCGCUCGUGUGAUCACGCCCGCCCGACACCUCGUUCCGCGCAGCUCGGUCAUGGCCUCGCGAGAACGUGUGCUUGGCCGCUGCUGCUGA